AAAAGAAAAGAUGGAUGCUUCCCCUAAAAGGGGUGGUGGAGCUUCUAGCAAAUCCAAGAGUUCAGCAGCUCGUGGGAAACCUGGGCGAAAACCGAAGGAAGUCAAUCAAACUGAUGCGGAAGAUCCCAAGUCUUCCAUGAAGACAGAGGACGAUAGUGGUACCAAAAACAAGGAGCCUACCCUCGAGGAGUGGAGCUCUUCUGCAAAAUUGUCGAAAGCCAACAUCAACCAGAAGACUGCCGGCGGGAGAUCGUCCUCCAGUGCAAAGGGUAAAGGCAUCAAGGGCGGUGCGAAGUCCAAAGCUAAUGGUACAGGGAAGCCCAAAACUGGUUCCACCAAGGCAAAAGACACCGAGGUGGAAGACAGCACUGAUGACGAGUCGGGCAAGAGGAGGAGAUUAUCAAGGAAAAUCCGACAUCAAAGGGGCAAGCCAGUGAAGCAAAGAGCGGCAAGAAGCGGCCGAGGGAGGCCAAAACUCGAGUAG